CCGCGCGGAGCGGAGCCAGGUGGCGCCGCCCGAGCCCAGAGCCGCGACCCGCCCCGGCCGCCUUUGUCUGGGAGCGUGUGGCCUGGAACCGCCGCUCUCGGGGGCCGGGCACGCGCCCACCGCGGUCGGUGACAGCUCGUCCCUCUCGGAGGGCUCCGGGACCGAGGGGCGGGCGGGCCGGGCCCUGCUCGCUCGCGCCUGCACGCCCGAGCGCGCGCACCGAUGCCCCCGCAGCAGGGGGACCCCGCAUUCCCGGGCCGUUGCGAGGCGCCGCCCGUUCCGCCGCGCCGGGAGCGCGGGGCGCGCGGGGGGCGCGGGCCCGGGGCGCCGGGGGGCCGGGGGCGCGCGGGCGGUGCCGAGGGGCGCGGCGUCAAGUGCGUGCUCGUCGGCGACGGCGCCGUGGGCAAGACGAGCCUGGUGGUGAGCUACACCACCAACGGCUACCCCACCGAGUACAUCCCCACCGCCUUCGACAACUUCUCGGCGGUGGUUUCUGUGGACGGACGGCCUGUGAGACUCCAGCUCUGUGACACUGCCGGGCAGGAUGAGUUUGACAAACUCAGGCCCCUCUGCUACACCAACACGGACAUCUUUCUUCUGUGCUUCAGUGUGGUGAGCCCCUCAUCCUUCCAGAACGUCAGUGAGAAGUGGGUGCCCGAGAUCCGAUGCCACUGUCCCAAAGCCCCCAUCGUCCUCGUUGGAACUCAGUCGGAUCUCAGAGAAGACGUCAAAGUCCUCAUUGAGCUGGACAAAUGCAAAGAGAAGCCGGUGCCUGAAGAGGCAGCUAAGCUGUGCGCCGAGGAGAUCAAAGCCGCCUCCUACAUCGAGUGUUCGGCCUUGACUCAGAAAAACCUCAAAGAGGUCUUUGACGCGGCCAUUGUCGCCGGCAUUCAGUACUCAGACACUCAGCAACAGCCAAAGAAGCGCAAAAGCAGGACUCCUGACAAAAUGAAAAACCUCUCCAAGUCCUGGUGGAAAAAGUACUGCUGUGUCGUAUGAUGUUGGCAAGAAACCCGGAAAAGGCAGUUUUUAGAUGAAGCCGAUAUUAGAAGCUAUAUUAGCUGACGUGACUCCUUUUAUUGUGUAGAACCUGGAGAGGAAACGCGUGUGUAUGCGUGUAACAGGUGGAGCUCUCAGUUUAUGUAUUCUUUCUUGCCUUCGACGUUUUUGUUUGUUUCAGCUUAGGGACCAGCCAAUUAUGCAAGAUAUUUCUGAAGGGAGUUGAGCAAUGUUCCUAACUCUGGAAAAGUAGAGCUCCGAGACCUCGGGAUUAAUUUAUAGCUAAUAUGAAAGAGACCCGCUCGGAUGUGGGUGUCAAGGAUGCGACUUGGCCGCCUCAUGAUGCGCAGAAGGACCAACGGCGAAGUGGUGUGGUCGACCCUCCCUUGAUUAAGGGCUGCUCGAUGCAAGGACGUUCCGUACGCGGGCCGGCCAGGGAGCACCCGUCAGGAUUGCGUUUCAACGUCCACACUUACAUUGUCCCGCCUGCAGGGAAGUGAACGUUCUUGAAGGGCCUGCAGCAAAUGUUUGUAGGAGACAAAAUGACCUUUAUUUCCCUUAAGUCAGCCAAAAUGUGUACACACACACGCACACGCACACGCGCACGUACGUACGGCUAUAUUUGCUGCUGAUUCAGACUUUUAAACGGUUAAUGGGAAAAAGCACGGCCACGAGAAAACAGAUAUGAGGGAAGCUCAGGUUCCUGCUUUUGUGACUUUUUUGAACAGCUCUCUUUUUGAUGAUACCCUACUCAGAGAUGGGAUUUUAACUACGUCUCGACGCCUCUUUGAGGCCACCUGAAAACCAAACGUGAACAUCUCUUGAAACCCGUUUUAAAAUGGGUGUCUCUUGAAACCCGUUACGACAACCAGUGAAGUCCACAGAUGCCUUUCAGGGACCUGGCAGCAGGGCCCGGCGCUGUGUGUCACCGGGCUCGUGGGGCUGGUCUGCUGCGGCCGGCCGGGGAGGGGGGGGCGGUGGGGUGG